AAUACAAAAAAGGCUUGCAGUUUUUGUUUACGAAGUUCGUCAAGACGGGGUGUAUCAGAUAAUCAGUCGUUCUAUCCGCUGCCUUUCAGGCCUUUGAUCAUUUAGACGACUGAUCUGACAUUGGUGGGUCGGUAAUUUGGACAUGUGGUGAGGACAUGGAUAUCAAGACAGAUUUAAUCAUCUUACAAAUUAAAGCUGGGCAAUAUUGAGAUAUAUUCUUCAUGUUACGACAUAAGAAAACAAAAGCCUCAGGUGUGACCUGGCUCAGAAAGAGGAGAGAGGACCCGGUCCAGCAAUGGCUGGUAGACAUUCGAUGGGCCUCAGAGAUGGAGUGUAUGAAUAUUCUGCAGGGGAAGUCUAUUGUCCAGAGUGUGGAGAAGUCUGCAUUCCACACAUCACACAUCAAAGGUGCUAUUGAUGUUUUGAGGAAUGAGUCCAAUGACAUCAGCGGAGAAUUUUCUGUUCUGUUUAAGCUUGUUGAAAAUGAGGACUGGUCGGAUGUUCAGAGCUUCACGAUACAACUUACCUGUCACGUGAGGGGGCUCAUCAAUGACUGUAACCAGAACAUUCCUAACCCACCCCAGCAUAUCAUGGAGCAACAAGAAGCAGUGAUGGGAGAGUGUGCCAAGCUUGCCCAACAAGUAGAAAGUGCCUUUAUCAACUCAAAGAAUCAUCCAUCCAAGAUCCCUGUCAUCAACCAGUCGACAUUCCUUGGGCAGUCGUUCGGCCGAUUUAUAGACCUAUCGUUAGGCUAUUUAGUGCAGAAAAUUGUUGACAUUUUGGAUGAAGCUAAUGACCCAAUGGUGCUUUCUCAAGCCAUAGGCUCUGUAGUCAGCCUAGGUCUAGAGGGUGAACACAUGUGUUACAUCAUAGCCAGGGAAGGGGGCGUGAGAGCUCUGUUAGAUAUCUGCAGAACAGAGAAUUUGAGAUUCUGCCAUGCGCAGUCUCUACGAGCCUUAGCCACCAUUAGCUGUGUCACAGAAAGCAUAUUCGAAAUAGAAAAGGAAGGAGGAAUGUGGUGUUUACUUGACCUUCUAUCUGACCCAGAGAUGAGGGAGUCUGUCCGAGGUGAAGUGGCAGGGGUCAUAGCUCAAGUUACCUCCCCUUGUCUGGAGAAUAUCCACCAGAUGUCAGGCAUGGUUGAAAAUAUGGAGGACCUUCUAAUUAACCUCUUAGGUCUGUGUACCUCUACAAAAACAGAAGAGAUUUUUUUACUGUCAACUGCCGCCAUUGCCAACAUGACAUUCAUGGACAGCACCACAUGUGAAGUCCUUCAGAAAAUUCAAGCUCCCAGAAUUCUUUGCACUUCCUGUCAUUCUAACAUUGCCAAAUCUCUGUUCUCCAAAGACCAGGUGGCUACUAUAAUAGCCAAUAUGGUGGCUGUUGAUGUUUGUCGCCAGGACAUCGUCAGCAGUGGAGGGAUAGAUGUCUGUUUGGAGUUACUGAAUGAGAGUCCCCGUGACUACAAGAUGCCUGCUGAGACAGCUGCUUGUGAACGCGUCCAGCAAAAAGCAGCCAUUGCUCUGACCAGGAUGUGUAGAGAGGAAAGUAACGCCGUAACCAUAGUGAAAAGAGAAGGUGUGCCAAGACUGAUCCAGCUCUGUAGGGAUAAACUAGAGAGAAGCAACAGCGAUGCUGUGUUAGUGGCCUGUCUGGCUGCUCUUAGGAAGAUUAACUCCCUGAAUAAACUGCAGAACCUCAGCAUGCUCGACAACCAGCAGCUGAUCCAGCCCAAACUCAUGGAUUCCUUCCUCAUCUGCACUAACACGGAUGAAAAUUUUGUAUGAACUUGAAGUACAAUGCUCACCAAUGCACAAUCACAGUUAAUAUACUUCUGCAGAGGACUGGGGAAAGAUUUGCCAGCAUGCUAUGAGUCACGAUUACACAUAUACGAUUUUAACAUGUUAUGAGUCACGAUUACACAUGUACGAUUUUAACAUGCUAUGAGUCACUAUUACACAUAUAAGAUUAUAACAUGUUGAUGAUAUUCACUACAGAAUUAGAUGUGAAUGUGUUUCUGCAGUUCAUACAUCUGUCAGGAAGUGUUCUUUGAGGAGAAAAAAAAAUGUGUGAAAUCAUCAAAUUUUAAAAAAUUGCUUCAUUGUAUGUUACAUGUAACUUAAAGUACUAGUAUUACAAGACUACAUGAGUAUUACGAAUACACACAUCACCUAGAGGGCAUUUUCCCAAAUCAUGUCUUUUGGUGUUGAUAGAGUAGUUUUUAAUGAGAGACAAUGAUGGGGUGUGUAAAUUUACAAUUUGUUGUGUGAUAGGAAAAGAUGGUGGUAUUUUUAAGAGAUUUGUUUUUAUGAUUAACUAGUUUAGAUUGUGCAGAUACAUUUUGGUGCUGACCAGUUAUGCAGAUAGUGUUCAGAUAAUGUAGAGAAAUAAUCUGAAUUAUUGCUAUAUACAGCUAAUUAAGCCAUGCUGCAUCAUUUAAAUGUUUAUUAGAAAAGACCUGUAUGAUGAGUGAGUGUAUUCACAAGUUCUGUUAGUGAACGAAGUACAACAAUUCUCAGUGUGAAUAGAUAGAGGAUAUUCAAUGCUUUGUAAUUGGAUAUGGAAUUUAUUGCAAAGCACUCAUGAAAAUAUGAAAUAAAACCCUGUCUUAGGCCAAGUAAAAUUAAUUAGUAGAUUAUCAUUCCCGCCCGCCCCUCGAAAAUCGCCCCGCCCCGAUUUUUUUAAUUUUUUAAAAUUACAAUUUCCGAAUAUUUUUAUGUCCGGUCCGGUAUCGUAAACGUAGUUUGUUUCACUUUGCCUUUUAGAAACCCAAAUACACAUAUAAUUAUGAUUUAUAAAGCCUUUUCUCAAUGAGGCAUUUUCGAGGUCAAGAAUACCAUGGCGAAAAAUAAAAAAUAAAAAAUAAAAUCCUCCCACCUGCCCCAUUUUUUUGUGAAGUUUGAAUGAUAAUCUACUAAUUAAUUUUACUUGGCCUUACAAGUGAAAUGAAUUCCAUAUCAAAAUACAAAGUAUUGAAUUUUCUGUUUAUUACAUUUUCUUUGGUUUUAGAACAUGUUUAUUUCAAAUCUUAAAGGAUGUGUAGUAAUACACAAUAUGAUGUCACAAUCAGUUAACAUGGCGCCACAAUCAGUUGUUAUUUUCACACUGUGAAAAUAUCAUUUUUAUUCAAUGGAUAAUUUAUAAUAGUAUUUCACUGUUGAAAUGUAAUUAUAACAGGUUUUACCUACAUAGUCGUGUGUUUAUUUUUACAAUUUCCUGGUUGUUCUGUUGAUCCAAAGACCAAGACUGUUUUAAAUCUUGGAUGAUUUUUGUCCUAGAAUUGUUUUUUUUAAGAGCUGUGAUGUAUGAUCACAUUCCAACAAAUGUUUGACCUGUCACAGUGGUUUUUUUUUUCUUUUAUCAGUCUAUAUUUGUACAUUAUAGCAGGGUUGUGAAGAAAUGUAUAAUUAUAUUUUAUUAUUUUAUGAAAUUUACAAACAUGUGACUUUUUGAAACUAGUUAAGAGACAUGUAAGUUAAAUGUGAUUGAAAUUUUACAUGCCAUGUUUUACAAUUUGCGUUAAGGAAGGACUCAUUAUUACUUUAAUGAGGGAUGGCUUCAACAGUUGGUGCCAGAUGAUGAGUAAAAAUCUACCAUGACGUGUAAGUUUUGAAAAUGUUGGAAGGUAUAUCCUUAUACAGACCAAUUCAAAAUUCAACAAUCUUUUUUCGUUUUCACGUUAUGCCCCUUCAUCAUGCAAGAAAAUUGUUUACCAACUGACUGUCAUUGUCAAAAUCACUUAUAUCAACACAGAUGCACGUGCCUUAAUUUUGAUUGGAUAAUGCUUAAAUCUUGAUAUCAUGAUUUUUUCGUUUUCAAUGAACAUUAUACUGUAGCUGCCUAUGGUACCAGUUUGGUAUGGUCCGAAUCACUGACCAGCACAUACAUGUUUUGUUGAUUUUGAUUGGCUAAUGCUUGAACUGAUACAGCUCUCUCAUAACUCCUGGAAAUCGGGUGAAAGUUCCACUCUUCUCAAGAAAAGAUUCCAUGAAACAAACUCAAACAAACUGGCACCACUUUGUAGAUGAGGGAUGUUUGGUGAACAUCUGCAAUGGUCCCUGUUAAAAUUAGCACUAGUUAUUAUUUUCUUAUCAAAAAAUGGCUUACACAAUCCACUGUCAAUUAUUAUGAAAUUACAAAAAGAGGCUAAGAACAUCUCACCUACACACAAAUAUAUAUGCUAUUCUUCUAUAUUAUUGCACUGUGUUCUGGUAUUUGACUAGGAAGCAGGUACAGUUUCUACAGUCAUCUGGCCCUGAAAAUUGAUGAUUUCAAUAGGAGUCCCAAAAUCUGCCAUUCCAAUAGAGAAUAUAUAAGCAAACCCAAACUACAUAUAAUUUGAUCCAAAAUUGCUUCGUGCUGUAAUGACAAGAGCGUGAAGUUGGCAUAAAAUUCAUAAAUUUUCAGAAAACAUGCAGCCCAUGCGUCAAGCAAAUUCAUAUUCAAAUACAUUUUUUAUCGUCUAUUAAUAAACAAUAUAUAUUAAUUUUAUUUUGCUCGACAGAUGGAAAUUUAACAGUUAUUAAGCUUUUUUUGAAAAAAAGGCGGGGAAAAGUCUUAUUCAUAAUUCAAGACACAUUUCAAACAGAGAUUUUUUGGGACAUUUUUAUACACACAAUCGUAUCUUGUUCUUUUUACUUUUGUAUAUGAUUCUACUGUGUUCUGGUAUUUGACUAAUUUCUAUUUUUACAUUGUACCUGUCUCAACUCCACUGUACACCUGUAUGCAGAUCUCAGACUUACCUUCGUGUUUUAAACUUUUUGUCAUGUGAUCAUCAGUCAUGUGAUCAUUAGUCAUGUGACUAUCAGUCAUAUCAGUUUGUUCUCUGGGAAAUUGGAAUGUAAAAUAAGUACUGAAAGGGUUUAAGGGAUUAUAUGGGGAUUUAUCCGAUUAUUCGACCCCUCAAAACAACUUUCAGGUUUUGUUUUAAUGGAGAAUGUAUGUAUUAAGACAGCUUUGUAAGCCUGACAAAUCGAGAUAUUCAAAUAGGGCUCACGGCGGGCGUGACUGAUCAACAGGGGAUGCUUACUCCUCCUAGGCACCUGAUCCCACCUCGGGUCUGUCCAGGGUUCCGUGUUUGCCUAACUUCCUAUUUUGUAUUGUUUAUAGGAGGGAUGAGAUUGAUCACUCUUCGUUAUCUUCACCUUUCAUACGCAUUCAGCAAGUGGUGGUGCUCUUAGAAAAUGACAUCUUUAACUUUUUUGUACCAUUAUAGAGAAUAAUUUAUAUUGAUUUUUCACAACAUGCAUUUAAGUAUCUCUCAGAGACUGGACAAUGAUAGAAAAUUGAUAAACUUAUAUUUUCCUAUAUGCUUGAUGUUUUAGAGAAAAAUAUACACAAGCGCUGAAAGCUAUGUUUUCUGUUACAAAAAAAGAAAGAAAAAAAGGGAAAAAAAGACCGUAAAUGCUGCAUAUGUGACACAAAACUAUUAGAAAUUGAGUGAAAUUGGUUAUAUGUUUAACAUGAAUUGAAGUUAGAAAAAUAUACAAAAUUUUUUAAUCUUGAAGGAUUUCACUUUUAUUUUUUCAUGUAGGGGUCCAGUAUGACCCUUAUUUUUCCCACAACUCGCUUCAGACUUGUCUUACAGCGAGCACCGACCAUACAAUACAAGUCGUUCUAAAGUUUACAAUACUCGAUAGUGAUUUAUUACUGUUAAAAUGCAUUUACAUACUGAAUGCCUGCAAAUAUUAUGAUAUUCAAAGUAAAUUGAUUGUUCAACUUGUAUUUCAAUUUUACAAAACUAACAUAUUAUUAUGUGCACACACAUUGUUUUACAUGAAUAAAAUGUUGUUCACUUGU